UGUCACGGCAGCCGUCCCCCGGCCAUGGCCGGCCGCUGUUGCAGCUGCGGCCCGGGCCACCUGAACGAGGACAACGCGCGCUUCCUGCUGCUCGCAGGGCUUAUCGUGCUCUACCUCCUGGGCGGCGCCGCUGUCUUCUCGGCGCUGGAGCUGGCGCACGAGCUGCAGGCCAAGCAGCGCUGGGAGGAGCGCCUGGCCAACUUCAGCCGCGGCCACAACCUCAGCCGCGAGGAGCUGCGCGGCUUCCUCCGCCACUACGAGGAAGCCACUAGGGCCGGCAUCCGCAUGGACAACGUGCGUCCGCGGUGGGACUUCACCGGCGCCUUCUACUUCGUGGGCACUGUGGUGUCCACCAUAGGGUUCGGGAUGACGACACCAGCCACAAUAGGAGGGAAAAUCUUUCUGAUCUUUUACGGCCUCAUCGGCUGUGCGAGCACCAUCCUAUUCUUCAACCUCUUCCUGGAGCGGCUGAUCACCGUCAUCGCCUAUGUCAUGAGAUCCUGUCACCAGCAGCAGCUGCGGAGACGUGGGGCAGUGGCCCAGGACGGCCUGAAGGCUCCAGGGAAAGGCGAGACUGACAACCUAGCUGGCUGGAAGCCCUCGGUGUACUACGUCAUGCUGAUCCUGUGCUUGGCCUCAGCACUCAUCUCCUGCGGGGCCUCUGCUCUGUACACUGCCAUGGAAGGCUGGAGCUACUUUGACUCACUCUACUUCUGCUUCGUGGCUUUCAGCACCAUUGGCUUUGGGGACCUGGUCAGCAGCCAGAAUGCUCAGUAUGAUAACCAAGGGAUCUACCGCUUUGCCAACUUUGUCUUCAUCCUCAUGGGUGUCUGCUGUAUCUACUCCUUGUUCAACGUCAUCUCCAUCUUGAUCAAACAGACUGUGAACUGGAUCCUGAGGAAACUGGAUGGUGGAUGCUUCCCACAAUGCCAAAGAAGACUCUUGCGGUCCAGGAGGAAUGUAGUGAUGCCUGGCAACAUCCGGAACAGGUGCAACAUCUCCAUAGAGACCGAUGGGGUGAUGGAGAGUGACACGGAUGGGCGACGUCUCUCAGGGGAGAUGAUCUCCAUGAAGGAUACCAACAAGGUCUCACUGGCCAUCCUGCAGAAGCAGCUGUCUGAGAUGGCCAAUGGUGGGCCCCACCAGCCCACUGCACUCUCAAGGGAUGAUGAAUUCUCAGGGGGUGUGGGAGCCUUUGCAAUAAUGAACAACAGGUUGGCAGAAACCAGUGGGGACAGGUAGGAGGAGCCAGGAGCUGCUGCUGUGCUUGGAGACCUGGGGCCCAUAGAGGAUGAGCACUGUCACUCUGGAGCUCAGCACUGCCACUCUGUGCUCCCAUCAGUGCCCGUUAGCGCCUCAUAUCUGGCUUUUGAAAUCUGACCUUGGCCCAAGGCAAUAGUUACCUCCCAAGGUUGGGGGACUGGAGGCUCUUUGCCUGUCUUUUAUUUUAUUCUUGAAGUCCAAAUUCCAUCUUUUCAGAAUGAAUCACAAAAGCAGCAUAAGGCACUAAAUUGUCAGCCCUCAUCUUCCUCCAAAGUUUUAACUUACUGGAGGAGAUAGGCUUCACUCCAGCUUUGAUCACCCCCUGACAUAUCUAUCACUUGGGAAGGAAAGGCCUGAAGAUGCUAUUUCUACCCUGGAACUGUGAAUGGAUGAAUUCAGCUCUUUACCCAGCCCUUCAAGAAAAGGGAAAGAACAUUGCAGAAUGUGCCUAGGCCUUCUUUUGGCUGGGCUUCCUUCCAGGCAUGUUGGUUCCACAGAUUGGGCAAACAUAACCUGCUCUUUAUACAUGAUUCUUAGAAUUUUUUUUCUGUUUUCCAUUUAUUUGUAAGACCAGAAUGUUUGGCUAAGACAUCUUUGGACUCUCGUGUAAUAAGAAAACUAAAUUCAACUUCUAGCCUUUAAACUGCAACAGGAUGUUGUGGGGUGGGUGUGGAUGGGGAGGGGAGAGACUCCCUUUUGUAACUAAAGACCAUAGCUUAACAUGUUCUCUCUGAAUGGUCAUGACUCUGUCAUUUUUACGAGGACUUUAAGCCCCUUGUAGAGUUGACUGCUAUUUAU